AUGGAGAACCAACCAGGCAAAAUGCUCUGCCUCACCAUCUACAGCUACAAAAAGGCCGGACUGAGCGACGAAGAGUACCGCUCCUACAUGCUGAAAACCCAUGCCCCGCUCGCAAGCACCCUGAUGGAGAAAUAUGGCAUUGUCGGCUUUACUAUGGUAUAUAGCACUUUCGAAGCUAUCCCCCUCCCUCAAAUCCCCCAUGCAGCUGACAAGAGGAUGUUUUCCGCACGAAAGACACACAUGAACUCGACGACGCGCCCGCUCCUAGCCUCCAUCACCGGCCCGCAUUUCACCAACACGGCCGACUACGACGUUGUGUCGCAGAUGAAGUUCCCGGACGUGGAAUGCUUCACUAAGAUGCUGGCCGAUCCUUUCUACCGCGAGAACGUUAUGCCGGAUGAUGUGAAUUUCGCCGACAUGAGCCGGACAAAGAUGUCCCUUGGAUGGAUUGAAGAAGUGGUUAAGGAUGGGAAGGUUGUCUUGCAGAACACGCAGACCGAGAAGAGCGAGGUGGAUGCGCUGGGAGGUGUCAAUUCCGGCAAGGGUGAGCUGGUGGAAAUCGAGGCCCAGGAUUCCAUCGGUCCGCCGCCAACGACGCUGAGUGACAAUGCGAUUGCAGUUUGA